AUGUCCGACUGGAACAACAAUCCGGGCACCGACUGGAACGGUGGCGGCAAUGCCGCUGCUGAUUCUGGUUGGGGUACCAACGACAACAACUCCGGCUGGGACACCGGCAAUGCUUCCACCAAUGACUGGAACGCUACUUCUGGCGGCAACGACGCUGGGGGCAACGACACUGGCGGUAACAAUGGCGACAAUGGCGGUGGUGGAAACAACGGAGGUUGCUUCAACUGUGGCGAGACCGGUCACAACAAGGCUGAUUGCACCAAGCCGCGCGUCAUGAGCGGUGGUUGCCGUCGCUGCGGCGAGGAGGGCCAUUGGAGCAAGGACUGCCCGAACGCUCCCCCCAUGACUUGCCGUGGCUGUGGUGCUACCGGCCACAUGGUGCGCGAGUGCCCCGACGCUCCGGCCAUGAAGUGCAAGGAGUGCGAAUCUACCGAGCAUUUGGUCAAGGAUUGCCCUAACCGUGUGUGCAAGAAUUGUGGCGAGACUGGCCACACUGUCAGCGCCUGUAAGAAUGCUCGCAAGGUCAACCGUGACCACUUGCCCGACCUGAGCAGCGAGGAUGCUUGGGCUCUGAUUCUGCGUGCCGCCAAGGAGCGUGACAUCGACGACGUCAAGGAGGCCAUUCAGACUUACGUCAAGUCUACCCCCGAGGCCACCUACGUCGAGCUUGAGCGUGCCUUCCGCGCCCACGACGUCGGCAUCUGGCUCAUCGCCAUUGAGAAGACCCUCGCAGACACUCUCACCAACAUGGAUCUCCAGGGCAACCUCGGCAAGAAGUACACGGUCACGUAUCGCUUCCAGUGGAACCCUCCCCGCCCGCGUGACCGUGAGAUGUGGCCCAAGGACGUCGACGAGAACCUCGAGCGUCUUGCUGAUGCUGGUGAGGUCGUUGACGGCGGUCUGCCCAAGUGUAGAAACUGUGAUGAAGUCGGCCACAUUUCCAAGUCUUGCCCCCAGGAGCGUAUUGAGAAGCCGAACCCGUUCGAUAUCGUUUGCUUCAACUGCAGCGAGAUCGGCCAUCGUGUUCGUGACUGCCCUACUCCGCGCGUCGACCGCUUCGCUUGCAAGAACUGCGGCCAGUCGGGUCACAAGGUUGCCGAUUGCCCUGAGCCGCGCUCCGCUGCUGAUGUCGAGUGCCGCAAGUGCGGCGAGAUGGGUCACUUUUCUCGCGACUGUCCCCAGGGCGGUGGUGACCGUGGUUGCCGCAACUGUGGCCAGGAGGGUCAUAUGGCUCGCGACUGUACUGAGCCGCGCAACCUUGACAAGGUGCAGUGCCGCAACUGUGACGAGUACGGCCAUAUGAGCAAGGAGUGCCCGAAGCCGCGUGACAUUACGCGUGUGAAGUGCAGCAACUGCCAGGAGAUGGGCCACUUCAAGUCCCGUUGCCCCAACCCUCUCGUCCCCGACGACGGUGCCGGUGAUGCUGGCGGCUACGACACCAACACUGGUGCUGACAACGGCAACGCCGAUGGCGGCGGCUGGGGUUCGGGUGGCGGCAAUGCCGACGACUGGAUGAACAGUGCUAACACCGGCGGUAACGACUGGAAUGCCGGCAACACUGGCAACGCCAACAACGACUGGUAA